AGGUUGGGAGCAUUUGCAGCAGAAUUUUUGGCUUUCCCUCCCCCCUCCAUACAUUCCCCCCUCCUCCUUUUUUCAAUUUUUCUUCUUCCCGGGAAGUGAAUUGCUGAUGCCAAGGGGACUUUAUUCAUUAAUGAUGCAACUGGAUUCGUUUCAGGAUUAUGUUGCACGAAUUGAAUUUUGAAUGAAGGACUUUUUUUUUUUUUUGAAAGGAGUGUUGACUUUUUAGUUCGUUGUGCUUUUAAUUAUUUUAUUUAAAUAUUCAAUUUAAUUGUAUUAUUCUCUUAAAAUAUUAAAUCUAUAUAUUUUUUGAAACUUACCCUCAAGAUAUAUAUGUUUAUGGGUGAAAUUGAAGACGCUUCCGUUAAGUGAGGUGACUGGUGUAUUGGAUGUUUAAUUCAGCACCGGCAUUGCAUGACAGUUGUUGAAAUAACAAGUGGUUUAUUUUUAAAAACCACAUCUUUAAACUUUUAGGUUCAGAUAGUAACAGUAGACAUCGUAAGGGCAUUUAAAAGAAAACCAGCAGAAAUCGAAGCAAACAUGUCCGGAGAAGUGCGUUUGAGGCAGUUGGAGCAGUUUAUUUUAGAUGGGCCAGCUCAGACCAAUGGGCAGUGCUUCAGUGUGGAGACAUUACUGGACAUACUCAUCUGUCUUUACGAUGAAUGCAAUAAUUCUCCAUUGAGAAGAGAGAAGAACAUUCUUGAAUAUCUAGAAUGGGCUAAACCAUUUACAUCUAAAGUGAAGCAAAUGCGAUUACAUAGAGAAGACUUUGAAAUAUUAAAGGUGAUUGGUCGAGGAGCUUUUGGGGAGGUUGCUGUAGUUAAACUAAAAAAUGCAGAUAAAGUAUUUGCCAUGAAAAUUCUGAACAAGUGGGAAAUGCUGAAGAGAGCUGAGACAGCAUGCUUUCGUGAAGAGAGGGAUGUGUUGGUAAAUGGAGACAAUAAGUGGAUAACCACUCUGCACUAUGCUUUUCAGGAUGACAAUAACUUAUACCUGGUUAUGGAUUAUUAUGUUGGUGGGGAUUUACUUACUCUGCUCAGCAAAUUUGAAGAUAGAUUGCCUGAAGAGAUGGCUCGGUUUUACUUGGCUGAGAUGGUGAUAGCCAUUGACUCAGUUCACCAGCUCCACUAUGUUCACAGAGACAUCAAACCUGACAAUAUUUUGAUGGAUAUGAAUGGACAUAUUCGUUUAGCAGAUUUUGGUUCUUGUCUGAAGCUGAUGGAAGAUGGAACGGUCCAGUCCUCGGUGGCAGUUGGAACACCAGAUUAUAUUUCUCCGGAAAUCCUUCAGGCUAUGGAAGAUGGAAAAGGCAGAUAUGGACCAGAGUGUGACUGGUGGUCUUUGGGGGUCUGUAUGUAUGAGAUGCUUUAUGGAGAAACGCCAUUCUAUGCGGAAUCUCUGGUGGAGACAUAUGGAAAAAUUAUGAAUCACAAAGAGAGGUUUCAGUUUCCAACACAAGUGACAGAUGUGUCAGAAAAUGCUAAAGAUCUUAUUCGAAGACUCAUUUGUAGCAGAGAACAUCGACUUGGCCAAAAUGGAAUAGAAGAUUUUAAGAAACAUCCGUUUUUCAGUGGAAUUGAUUGGGAUAAUAUUCGAAAUUGUGAAGCACCUUACAUUCCAGAAGUUAGUAGCCCAACAGAUACAUCAAAUUUUGAUGUCGAUGACGACUGUUUAAAAAAUUCUGAAACAAUGCCUCCACCAACUCAUACUGCAUUUUCUGGCCAUCAUCUACCAUUUGUUGGUUUUACAUAUACUAGUAGCUGUGUUCUUUCUGAUCGGAGCUGUUUAAGAGUCACAGCAGGUCCCACCUCACUGGAUCUUGAUGUCAAUGUCCAGAGGACUUUAGAUAAUAACUUAGCAACUGAAGCUUACGAAAGGAGAAUUAAACGGCUUGAGCAGGAAAAGCUUGAACUUAGUAGAAAACUUCAAGAGUCAACACAAACUGUUCAAGCUCUGCAAUAUUCAACUGUUGAUGGUCCACUAACGGCAAGCAAAGAUUUAGAAAUUAAAAGUCUGAAAGAAGAGAUUGAAAAACUAAGGAAACAAGUGGCAGAAGUGGCUCAUUUGGAACAACAACUUGAAGAAGCUAAUUCUGUGAGACGAGAACUAGAUGAUGCUUUCAGGCAAAUCAAAGCUUUUGAAAAACAAAUCAAAACUUUACAGCAGGAAAGAGAAGAACUAAAUAAGGAACUAGUCCAGGCUAGUGAGCGAUUAAAAAACCAAUCCAAAGAGCUGAAAGACGCACACUGUCAGAGGAAACUGGCCAUGCAGGAGUUCAUGGAGAUCAAUGAGCGACUAACAGAAUUGCACACCCAAAAGCAGAAACUUGCUCGCCAUGUCCGAGAUAAGGAAGAAGAGGUGGACCUGGUGAUGCAAAAAGCUGAGAGCUUAAGGCAGGAGCUGCGCAGAGCAGAAAGAGCCAAGAAAGAGCUGGAAGUUCACACCGAAGCUCUGAUUGCUGAAGCAUCAAAGGACAGGAAGCUUCGAGAGCAGAGCGAACAUUACUCUAAGCAACUGGAAAAUGAAUUGGAGGGACUGAAGCAAAAACAAAUUAGUUACUCACCAGGAAUAUGCAGCAUAGAACAUCAACAAGAGAUAACUAAACUGAAAACUGACUUGGAAAAGAAAAGUAUCUUUUAUGAAGAAGAAAUAUCUAAAAGAGAAGGAAUUCACGCAAGUGAGAUUAAAAAUCUGAAGAAGGAGCUGCAUGACUCAGAAGGCCAGCAACUAGCUCUCAACAAAGAAAUUAUGGUUUUGAAAGACAAAUUGGAAAAAACCAGGAGAGAAAGUCAAAGUGAAAGGGAAGAAUUUGAAAAUGAGUUCAAACAACAAUAUGAACGAGAAAAAGUAUUAUUAACUGAAGAGAAUAAAAAGUUAACAAGUGAACUCGAUAAGCUAACUUCGUUGUAUGAAAACUUAAGUUUGCGCAACCAGCACUUAGAAGAAGAGGUCAAAGAUCUAGCAGAUAAGAAGGAAUCAGUUGCCCACUGGGAAGCCCAAAUCACAGAGAUAAUUCAGUGGGUGAGCGACGAGAAGGACGCGCGAGGCUAUCUUCAGGCCUUAGCUUCUAAAAUGACUGAAGAAUUGGAAGCAUUAAGAAACUCCAGCUUGGGGACACGAGCAACAGAUAUGCCCUGGAAAAUGCGUCGCUUUGCAAAACUGGACAUGUCAGCUAGACUAGAGUUGCAGUCUGCUCUGGAUGCAGAAAUAAGAGCUAAGCAAGCUAUCCAGGAAGAACUGAAUAAAGUCAAAGCCUCUAACAUCAUAACAGAAUGUAAACUGAAAGAUUCAGAGAAGAAGAACUUGGAACUGUUGUCGGAAAUCGAGCAGCUGAUAAAGGACACUGAAGAGCUUAGAUCUGAGAAGGGUAUAGAGCACCAAGACUCACAGCAUUCUUUCUUGGCAUUUUUGAAUACGCCUACCGAUGCUCUGGAUCAAUUGGAAAUUGCAGAAUGUGCUCCUCUUCCAGCUCACACACCGACCUUAAGGAAAAAGGGAUGCCCAGCUUCAACUGGCUUUCCACCUAAGCGCAAGACUCAUCAGUUUUUUGUGAAGUCCUUCACUGCCCCUACCAAGUGUCAUCAAUGCACCUCCUUGAUGGUUGGUUUGAUAAGGCAGGGCUGUUCCUGUGAAGUCUGUGGAUUCUCAUGUCAUAUAACUUGUGUGAACAAAGCUCCGACAGCUUGUCCAAUUCCUCCUGAGCAAACUAAAGGUCCACUUGGCAUAGACCCCCAGAAGGGAGUAGGGACGGCAUAUGAGGGCCAUGUCAGGAUCCCUAAGCCGGCGGGAGUAAAGAAAGGGUGGCAGAGAGCACUGGCUGUGGUAUGUGACUUCAAACUGUUUCUUUAUGAAAUCGCGGAGGGAAAAGCAUCGCAGCCCAGCUCCGUCAUUAGUCAAGUGAUUGACAUGAGAGAUGAAGAAUUUUCUGUGAGUUCAGUCUUGGCUUCUGAUGUUAUUCACGCAAGUCGAAAAGAUAUUCCCUGUAUAUUUAGAGUCACAGCUUCCCAGCUCUCAGCACCUAGUAACAAGUGUUCCAUCCUGAUGCUAGCAGACAGCGAGAGUGAGAGGAGUAAGUGGGUGGGAGUGCUGAGUGAACUCCACAAGAUUCUGAAGAAAAACAAGUUCAGAGACCGCUCAGUGUAUGUUCCCAAGGAGGCUUACGACAGCACUCUACCCCUCAUCAAAACAACACAGGCCGCUGCGAUCAUUGAUCAUGAACGGAUAGCUUUGGGGAAUGAAGAAGGAUUAUUUGUUGUGCAUGUCACCAAAGAUGAGAUUAUUAGAGUUGGUGAUAAUAAGAAAAUUCAUCAGAUUGAACUCAUUCCAAGUGACCAGCUUGUUGCAGUGAUCUCAGGACGAAAUCGCCACGUCCGACUUUUUCCUAUGUCAGCUUUGGAUGGGCGAGAGACAGAGUUUUAUAAACUGGCAGAGACUAAAGGGUGUCAGACCAUAGCUGCUGGGAAAGUGCGCCAUGGGGCUCUGUCCUGCCUGUGCGUAGCCAUGAAAAGACAAGUCCUCUGCUAUGAGCUGUUCCAGAGCAAGACCAGGCACAGGAAGUUUAAGGAGAUUCAAGUCCCAUGCAAUGUCCAGUGGAUGGCCAUCUUCAGUGAACAUCUCUGUGUGGGAUUCCAGUCAGGAUUUCUCAGAUACCCCCUGAAUGGAGAAGGAAGUCCAUGCAAUAUGCUCCAUUCAAAUGACCAUACACUGUCAUUCAUUACCCAGCAACCAAUGGAUGCUAUCUGUGCAGUUGAAAUCUCCAACAAAGAGUAUUUGCUGUGUUUUAACAGCAUUGGGAUAUACACAGACUGCCAGGGCCGAAGAUCUAGACAGCAGGAACUGAUGUGGCCAGCAAAUCCUUCCUCCUGUUGUUACAAUGCACCAUAUCUCUCUGUUUAUAGUGAAAACGCAGUCGAUAUCUUUGAUGUAAACUCCAUGGAAUGGAUACAGACUCUUCCUCUCAAAAAGGUCCGACCUUUAAACACCGAAGGAUCAUUGAAUCUCUUAGGGUUGGAGACCAUUAGAUUAAUAUAUUUCAAAAAUAAGAUGGCAGAAGGAGAUGAACUUGUAGUUCCUGAAACAUCAGAUAAUAGUCGGAAACAAAUGGUUAGAAAUAUCAACAACAAACGGCGUUACUCCUUCCGGGUCCCAGAAGAAGAGAGGAUGCAACAGAGGAGGGAGAUGCUACGAGAUCCAGAAAUGAGAAAUAAAUUAAUUUCUAACCCAACUAAUUUUAACCACAUAGCACACAUGGGUCCUGGAGAUGGAAUACAGAUCCUAAAAGACCUGCCCAUGCCGGGUUUCCUUUAUUCACCCCCUCAUCACCACUCCGGCCUGAUCUCCUCUCCGAGCAACUUUGAGCACAUCUAUCACAUGACUGUCAAUUCUGCUGAACAGUUUCUCUCUCCUGAUUCCAUAAACCCUGGGUACCCCCCAUCCCUGCGCUCUGCCCCUGGCACACCACACUCUGUGACUCUGAGGAACCCACGGCCUCAGGAAAGCCGGACAGUGUUCAGUGGCUCCGUCAGUAUUCCCUCCAUCACCAAGUCCCGCCCUGAGCCAGGCCGCUCCCUGAGUGCCAGCAGUGGCCUGUCUGCACGGUCAUCAGCCCAGAAUGGCAGUGCACUAAAGAGGGAAUUUUCUGGAGGAAGCUACAACACGAAGCGACAGCCCAUGCCCUCUCCCUCAGAGGGCUCUUUGUCAUCAGGAGGCAUGGACCAAGGAAGUGACGCCCCUGCGAGGGACUAUGAUGGAGAGGACUCUGAUUCUCCAAGGCAUUCCACAGCUUCCAACAGCUCUAACCUGAGCAGCCCCCCAAGCCCCAUUUCACCCCGAAAGACCAAGAGCCUCUCCCUGGAGAGCACAGACCGAGGGAACUGGGACCCAUGAGCCCAGCCUGGUGACUGCAAGCAGGGACUCUGCAUUCCCACUGACAAUGUGCCUGGCAGCGGCACUGCCUUCUGCACUGCUGCAAUGAGGAUUCCUCCGCAGCCAGGCCCACCUCACCCUCCCCCACCCCCCAGGUAGCUUCUAUAGACAGACUGCGUAGACGCAGCGCUAAGAGUAGACUGUUGUGUUCUCACCAUAGCCCUCACGUAAGCGCCCAGCCCAGCAGCCUCCAUGAGCGUCAGCAGACUGUUGCCAGGAAAUAAACCUUCACGAAUUAAAACAAUGCAUAUUUUACUACAGUACAGAGUUUAAAUAAAUACAUAGAUGUAGAAGUUAAAUACUGAAUGUAAAUAGUCAAAGAAGCAUCUUGUGUCUGCUGAAAGAUGGAUGCAUAUAUAAGAAAGAUCAUUUAAUUUAAAGAAAUGUGUUGUUUCUUGUCUGUUUCCCAGCUAUGUCAUAUACAGGGUAGAAAGGCCUCAAGUGACAUUUGUAAAGAGAUCAGAAGUCAGGUCCCCAUGGUGUCUGUUCUCAAGCCUAGGCAGGCUAGGGUCACAGGGAAAUCUAAGGAAUGUUCAGAGAUUAGUGCCAUUGGUGGGAUGUGACCUGGACACCACCGGUGGUGUUGGAGCCACUCCAGAGGCACAUCCGCCUCCCAAAGCAGAUUUUCCUUAGUUAUCAGUUAGAACAUGUCCCCCACUUACUAUAUUUUCCUUAGUUAUCAGUUAGAACAUGUCCCCCACUUACUAGAUAUUUUGAUAUCUCGCACAGAUUAAUGUGAGACAGUUCUGUCACCUUCCAGCCCUUCCCAUUGUAACAGGAAACUCGGCUUCUGAAGAUCAUGGAAUGAUGGAAUGGUCAUGCAGCUGCUUUUCUUCCCAGCUAAACCUUGUCCCUCUCUAGGUUGCAAUGGAGUCUCUAGACCACGCCCAACUUCCCAAUCUGGUUAAGGGUGGCUGUGAGCACACUGCUGGGAAAAGGUCUUCUUACUGAGUCAUGUAAACAAAAAAACCUCAGAAGCAUAGCUUUGAACAGCCUUGACCAAAUAUGCCUUCCCACGUGAGGGGACGGUGUGGCCUGAGGUGUGCUGGCCACCGUGGACUGUGAGCCAGCUUUGCCUCUGGUAUCUGCUGCUGCACUUGUCCCAGGAACCAAGAGGAGGUCCAGGGCUCCUAUGUUCAUCCGUCCACCAGCUGAGACCCCAGGAGGGGAACGGUGAAACUAGUGGCCCUGCCACUCUUGAUCCUCAUCUUUGGGGCUGGAAAAGCCACUGUUUGUCCCCACUUUAAGCCACAUCUAAAAUAGAUUCCCAAAGUCGCUAACCUCCCUGGCUGGCUGACCUUCAGCACAGCAUGCUGCCAGGCCCUGUGGUCAGACUCCCCAGUCCCACAGCUUUAUGGAGGGUGUUAGAAAGUUCAGGGAGGGGACAUGGUAACAGAAGCACUUUGUAAGCAGCAGCUGUGGCAGACACUAGAGUCUCCAGCUCCAACAUGAGCAUGUGUUUUCUUUGGGGCAGGCACUGUGUCAUUUGACAUUUAUCCUUUUGGAAACGUAUCAUAUAAAAAUAACUGUGUACACCCAAAAACAAGGGUCAGAUCUUUAGUUUGGUCAGAGCCCUAUUACAUCUGCUUGAGUUGGCACUUUGCUUGAAAGAGCUGCCUACCCCCUCCUCUCCCUUCCCCUCCCCUCCCUUCCCUCAGUCCUCUCUCUCCCCUUUCUCCUUCCCCCAGCAGAAACCUGACCAGGCUGAGACACUGAACUCCACCUGAGCCUUUGGUUUGUAGUUUUGACAACCAAUGGUGAAUUUUUGUUGCCUACAGGUACUUGUUUGUAAAAGAACCCUUAUAGAGUUAGUGUAAACCUCUGUAUCCCUAAAGUCCAGCUCCACUACAGUGAAUCCCACCCCAGCUCUGCCCCAAGGAGCCCUGUAGAUCAGUGGAUUCCCCACUGCUGUCAAAGAAGCAGGCAUCCUAACAGCAGCCCUGCUGGCCCAGGGUGUAGGGUAUGAGUCUAAUAACUGUCUUACUGGAUACAUCCAGCCUUAUGUGACGAGUGUUCCUGUCAGAAGCUGUGGGAAAGGAUGGGGAAAGAUGACCAAUAGGUUUCCAGGAGACAAAGAUCCCUCAGAGCAGUCAAUAACAAAGAUUAUAGGCAAGGCCUUAGGCUCAGGCCCUUCUUGAGAUUACUCUCCCUACCCCCAUGCAAGGUAUUUGAAAGUGUGUGGCACCGGGAAUUGAUCCAGAAAUGGGGGGAAAACAUUAGGAGGCAUUUCUGAUAUAGUGUCUACUGGCUAGCACUUGACUCUAUGUCCAGCCUGGGUGCUGUUCACCCUUUGAAUUCUGGUUCUCUGCUAUGUGAGUUUGGGUGGGUACACAAAAUAUAUUACAGGGUUUGGUUUUGGUUUUGCCAAAAACAAAAGCCUUCCUAUCAUUAAUUGCUAAAUCAGAUAUAUAUAUAUAUAUAUAUAUAUAUAUAUAUAUAUAUAUAUAUAUAUAUAUAUCCCUGUGCUUAGCCAUUUGCGUUCUUUCCCAGUGAGCACACCUUGAAGACUGGGGAAUAAAUGGCCUGUUUGGCUUUCCAAUGAAUUCCUCUAGUCAAGCUUAGGGAAAGCAUCUGGAAUUCCUGUCAUUCCUCCCAGCCCUUCAACUACUCUUUCAUGUUAGGAUCCCGUCAUUUUGUUAACCUAGUUAGUGGCCAUGUUUAUCUCUAGGCAAGUUCAGCUGCCUGUGUGGGUCCUCAGGUAUUAUUAAAGAGAAGCCAGAGCAGAAGGGCAGCCUCCAUUCUCAGUGUAGCAGCCUUGGCAGUAACCACAAAUCCAGUUCUCCCAGCUCAGCAGACCUAGCUGAUGUCCCCCAACACCCAUGCACUUAAAACAGCUGACAUCCUGCUGCAGGUCCUGCGCUGCCACGGCCCAAGGCCACUGGCCCCUCCAGUCCCACCUGGCCCCCCUGCAUAGCCUCUCUGUACCCUGGGAGUAGCAUAUACCUUGUCUUCACAUGCCCACAGUUCCUUGCGGAGCCCUGCUGCAGUGUGUCUCUGGCCCCAGGGACAUCAUCACACAGAGCCCUCCUUCAGUUUUAGGAGACUGUCAUAAGUCAGCCUUGAUGUCAUUGAAAACAAAAUGACCUUCUUAUUUGAUAGAAUAACAGCAUUUAUUUUAUAAAUUUUUAGGAUUUUUUUCUCAUUGUAAUAUUACUGUACAGUUUUGCAUGACCUCCGUGUAAUCAUUUUUGUUCAGAAUAUUAUGCUGGCCAGUGCGUAUGUGGAAGGGAAGAUAGUGCUUUGGUCUCUCAGCACUCACUUGGUUUGGUUUUAUCCCUAGAUGUCCUAGGAAAUUUCCUGACAGUAUCUGCUACCAAACUGACGUAGACUCUUUUGCACAAAACUAUUUAAGGUGGCAUGGUCAAAAAAUGUAACAAAGGAUUUCUCACCAAUAUUUUAUGUUGGUAUCACCUAAUUAACCAGACUUUGAUGUACUGCAAUAAAAUAAGGAACUGUUAGCAUUGA